UGCAGAGGUCCAACCAAUGUUACUGCGUCUCUUUAGUGGCUGCGGAGCUUCUAACUCUCUAAUUAAUUGCAGCUAUCUGUCUCCUAUCGAUGUGUGUGCACAUGUGUGUGUGUGUGUGUGUGUGUGUGCGUGUUUUUCCUCCUCUCCCCAAAGCUGAAACAUGAAGUAGUUUGUUGGGCUUUACUUUCAUUUCUUCCGUCCUGCCGGUCCUGGUUCGCAGGCAGAGAGACUGAGACCCAGCAGAGACCCAGCAGAGAGUCUGGACUCAUAGAGACCCAGCUGUGCGUGGCUGUGCGGUGCUGUGCGGUGCAGAGUGCGGUGCUGUGUGCGUCCUCCUCCGUGCACCGGUGAUGUUGGAUAUGGGAGAGCGCAAAGAGGUGAAAAUGAUUCCUAAAUCAUCCUUCAGUAUAAACAGUUUGGUGCCAGAGGCCGUGCAAAACGACAACAACAACAGCAGCAGCAACCAGAACCUGCAGCAGCAUCACCAGAACCACCAGAACCACCAGAACCAGAACCACCACCUGCACCAGAACCUGCAGAACAACCAGCAGAACCACCAGCGAGCCGGCGCCGCAGAGGAAGCCGAGCAGAAGCCUUCUCUCUCGGCCGCGCAGCAGGACUCCAAAGCGGAGCCUCCGGAGGACAAGCAGGAGGACAACAAGCAGGAGGACAAGAAGGAGGACAGCAAGGACGGGGACAGGAAGGACGGAGACAAGAAGACAGGCAAGUACGAGAAGCCUCCGUUCAGCUACAACGCGCUGAUCAUGAUGGCGAUCCGGCAGAGUCCGGAGAAGAGGCUGACUCUGAACGGAAUCUACGAGUUCAUCAUGAAGAACUUCCCGUACUACCGGGAGAACAAGCAGGGCUGGCAGAACUCCAUCCGGCACAACCUGAGCCUCAACAAGUGCUUCGUGAAGGUCCCGAGACACUACGACGACCCGGGGAAGGGCAACUACUGGAUGCUGGACCCGAGCAGCGACGACGUGUUCAUCGGCGGGACCACCGGGAAGCUGCGGAGACGCUCCACGACGUCCCGCGCCAAGCUGGCCUUCAAGCGGGGCGCGCGGCUGACCUCUGGGCUGACCUUCAUGGACCGAGCCGGAUCCCUGUACUGGCCCAUGUCCCCCUUCCUGUCCCUGCACCACCCCAGAGCCGGUGGAGCUCUGGGCUACACCGGGUCCUCCUCGGGCUACCCGGGUCACCCCUCCAUGUCCUACAGCACCAUGCUGACCCAGAACAGCCCGUCCGGGUUCCCGUCCAGCACCGGGCUGAGCAUGGACCGGCUGGUGGGUCCGGACCUGCCGUAUGCGACCCACCACCUGACGGCCGCGGCCCUGGCGGCCUCCGCGGUGCCGUGCGGCCUCUCGGUACCGUGCUCCGGUGCCACCUACUCUCUGAACCCGCUGAACCCGUGUUCCGUCAACCUGCUGGCGGGGCAGACCAGCUACUUCUUCCCGCACGUCCCGCACCCACACGCGCACCACGCCUCCGCCCCGUUACCGGGCGGCUCGCUGCAGGCCUCCCGGGCUUCAGCCUCCAACUCCCCGCAGACUCCGUCCUCCUCCGCGCUGUGUGACUCUCUGAGGCCGGCUCUCAGCGCCUCUCUGCCGGCCUUCAGCUCGGGACUCUCCGGAGGCUUGUCUGACUAUUUCACCCACCAGAACCAGAACUCCACCGCGAACCCGCUCAUACACUGAUACACUAAACCUCCACCCAAAACCUCCACCUCCACCUCAUCUCUCAUCCCUUCAUCCAUCUAUUCCUCCAUCCCUCCAUCCCUCCAUUCACCCACCAGAACCAGAACUCCACCGCGAACCCGCUGAUUCACUAACAGAUACACUAAACCUCCACCUCUCCAUCCCUCCAUCCCUCCAUCUAUUCCUCCAUCCCUUCAUCCCUCCAUCCUCCAACCCGCUGAUACACUAACACCCAAUAACCUCCACCUUUCCAUCCUUCAUCUAUCCAUCUAUUCCUCCAUCCAUCCCUUCAUCCUUCCCUCACCCCAAAACCUCACCUCACCUCUCCAUCCCUCCAUCCCUAAAAAACAUCCCUCCACCUCUCCAUCCAUCCCUGAAGGAGUGAAAAUCUUAAACUGACUGGAACUGUAAGUUGAACAUUUUACACUGAACAUUUACAUUGUAAAAAAAAAAAAAAAAUUAUUAUAAACUACCUACUAUAGAACAAAAGAGGAGAGACUUAAAAACUGCAAAACAAAAAACAGAGCAGCAGAAACUCACAGGAAGCAGCCCUGAAGUUUCCAGGUAUUUUUUAAUAUUAUUAUUAUUAUUAUUCUCUCUUCUUCUUCUUCUUCUUCUUCUUCUCUUUCUGCUCCAUCUCUUCUUCUUCCUGCAGUUUUAUUUCUGUGUACAUAAUGUCUGUUCCUAUAAGUGUCCGGGUUUGUCUCUGUAUAGUUCUGUCAGUCAGCGACGUGCACAAAGUGACCUGAGCUAAAACACACAGAGGAUGAUGAUGAUGAUGAUGAUGAUGAUGAUGAUGGUGAUGAUGAUGAUUAGGCUGAUUUUUCUGUUCUUGUUGUUGUUUGGAGGCAUUACUUUUUAUAGAAUGUGUAUUUAAAAUAGUUUUGUCUAAUUUUGAGAUUUAAAAAAAAAAAAAGUUGAAAUAAUAAUAAUAAUAAUAAUAAUAAUAAUAAUGAUAAUAAUAAUAAUAAUAAUAAUAAUAAUAAUAAUAAUAAUAUCUCUUAAUAGCUGUUUUUUCGCCCGCAUGUUCGCAGUAUUAUCAGGUUCCACGCGGGUUAUUAAAGAAGCGACGGAGGAUUUAUUUUACACAAUUGAAACACUAGUUUUUAUUUUCUAAACAGUGAAAUGUGUUUUAUUUUUAAUUUAAAGCGACUCCGUUAAAGUGCUGAGGCUCCAUUCUUACAUUUUUUUUUUUUUUUAAACAAACUGUACUUUUUUAUAGACCAAAGAAAUCGGUUUUUAGGACAUUUAGAGUCUUUAUUGAGCUGAAGAGGCCUCAUGUAGUAGAUGAAUGAAUGAGAGAAUGAGAGAGUGAAUUAUUGCCUCAUUCACUGCAGAAAAUGUCCAUUUAAACGAGAGUUUUAUCGCAUUUUUGUAUUAACUUAGCAGAUAUUUUAAUGCAGUUUGGUUGCGCCGAUUGCAAAUUAAUUUCCCUGAAUGUUUUAUUAUCGGUGCAGUUUUGGAGUUUGGAGGCUUUUCUGCCUUAAAUCCGCCUCGAUGCCUCGUUUACACAUUAAAUGUUAAACUGCGUUAAACACAGAAACGUCCUGCUUUUUAAAGCUGAAUGUUUCUGUGCGUAAAAGUCUCGUUUCUUUAGAUGGAUGUUUUCGGCGGUGCAGCAGAAUGUGAUCUGCUUUAUUCUUUAUUCUCUGACUGUAAAACGUGAUCUCUAAACGGACCUUCACGUCUCUUCUUCUUCUUCUUCUUCUGCUUCUUUUUAUUUUCUAUAAUUAGUCAAAGAGAGAGAAAAUGUCUAUCUGUAAUUUUUUGGGGUUUUUCCUUCUUUUUUAAAAAAAGAAAAAGGAAGAACGAUGUAAAAAACCCGGUUUGUUUGUUUGUUUGACAGAAAAGAAAAACGCCUCAUUAUCUAAAUACUACUUGGAAUGAUUGUCCUUUAAUUGUCGUCUCUAAAAAAAAAAACGAUUUUUCAUGGUUGUGAUAAUAUUGUGGUCUUAUUCUUAUUCCCGUGUUUUGUCGCUUACAGAAGUUAAAAAAAGGAAAAAAAAUGUUUUAAUCAUAAAAAAAAUAAAAGAAUAGGUUACAUUCAUAACUAACGAAAAUCA